AUGCAGGCAGCUGACACCACGCUGAUCUUGCAGUGUGCUAUCUGGGUGAGCAAUAAGCAGUCUCAGUCCAUCUGUGCUUGCUGUGGCCUUACCAGGCAAAUCUGUGGCACGGGGGCAAGUCUCGUGGAGACCAACAGAGUCUUUCAGACAACAUUAGAUGAGCAUGAUCAUAGCUAUGAGCGCCAGCAAUAUGGUCAAUGCCACUUGAGAGAAGACUGCAGCCAGGCUCCCCUUCCAGAGUCAAGCCAGUCGCAAAUCCCAACUUCUAAAUCAGGAAGCAGUGCGACUCUGGGUAUGGUCCAUCCUGGGGCAGAAUUCUUCUUUGUCCACAGACCUGUGAAACUAGAAAACAAAUUAUUCACAAAAUACAAUGAUGUGGAACAUGUGGCUAGAGAUUCACUCAACAACUGCACAUUGCCCUGCAGUGUUUUGCAGUCUCUGGCGGUCCUGAAACAACCAGGCCCCAGGAGCCCCAGGGAGAAGCCCGGAGAAAAGCCAUCGCCCUUCGGGAAACUUUCAGGGAAGGGCGUGGCGCCGCGGCUUAUGGGAAAUGUAGUUCUACGUUUCCUCGGCUCGCUCUGCGCAGUGUUCAGGCAGCCAGUCUUUCGGGGCUCGUUGUGCGCGUGUGUCCUCGGGGCUCUCGGGUGUAUUCCUCCCGUUUCUGCUCCCCGCGGAGAAGGCCCUGAAGCCUCCAAGUGUGCGUGCGUUCAGGGUGGUAGUGCUCCCCGAGUGGGAGGGGCAGCUAUGCAUUCAGCCUUCUCUGUACUUUCUCACAAAGAACAAGAAGAGAGCCAAUUCCAGGAGGAGUGGGGUCAGCUGGACCCUGAUCAGAGGACCUUGUACAGGGACGUGAUGCUGGAGAACUACAACAUCCUCAUCUCACUGGGGCAGUGCAUUGCCAAACCAGAAGAGGUCUUCAAGUUAGAGCAGGAAGCAGCAUGGAUAUUAGAGGAAGAAUUUGCAAGCCAGGGUUACCUAGGGUCACUCUGGCUGCUGCAUUGUGAAGUGGCUGUCCAAGGGCAAGGAUGGAAGCAGGAAGACGAAUCAAGAGGUUUUGCAGGAAUCUGUGUGAUAAGAUGGGGCUCGGCCCAGAGUGGUAGUACUGGAGAUGGUAAUAGGUGGUUGGACUCUGGUUAUAUUUUAAAGGUAGUGUCAACAGGAAUUUUCUGACAGGUUGGAUAUGGAGGACAGAAAAAGAGGAGACAAGGAUGUGUCCAAGGUGGUUGGCCUAAUCAGCUUUAUGGAUGGAACUGUCAUUAACUGAAAUAAAAACUCGGCAGCUGGUUUGAGAGGGAA